UCCUCUUCUACGGUUCUGUUUUCUAGAAGAGCCUUCCAGAAUGUCAAAUCUUUUCUCGUAAAUAGUGAUGUUAAUCAUUAAUCAACCAUCACCAUCCCUUCCUGUUAAUUCCCUGUCAAACAAUUCCAAUCCAUCCCGAAGCUUCCACUUUACAAAAGCUUCAGAUGAGGAAUAAACCGACUCCAGAAUCUUCAAGAAACCCCACCUAACACCUAUAAAUAAUUGGUUCAUUGCAAAUCGUUGCAGUCAAAAAUCAAAAUACCCAAAAUUCUCCCUCUCAAUUUGGAGUGAUUUCUGUAAACUUGGCUCAGACAACUCUUUGGGAAGCAUAAAGUAAAAUGUCGUUCUUCCCAUCACUUUUCGACCCUUUCCAGAGCUUCUUCUCUGACAAUUCCGACCUUUUGGGCAUCUCCACCAACACAGAGAUCGAUUGGAAGGAAACCAAGCAUGCCCAUGUCUUCCAAGUGGAUCUUCCAGGCUUAACCAAGACCGACGUGAAGCUGGAGCUUCAUGAAGGGAGUGUUCUUCAGAUAACAGGGGAGAGGAACGAAGUCGAACCAGAGGAGAAGAACGAGAAGUGGCAUUGCAACGAGAAGUGGCAUUGCAAGGAGAGGACACUGGGCAAGUUCAUCCGACGAUUCCGUCUACCGAAGAACGUGAUGAUCGAUGAGAUAAAAGCUACGAUGGAGAACGGAGUACUUACAGUGACAGUGCCCAAGGAUGAAGAAGAGGUCAAGGAAUCAGAGCAGAGAACCGUCGAAAUCAGUGGUGAUGAUGAACACCAACGUACUCCGAAAGGACUUGGUCGAUUCGUGUGUUGCAAAGCUUGAUUUAAAUCCGAUGGAUGAUAUAUAGCAAAGAAGUGGUUUUGUGUUAAUGAAUCUGUGUUGGGGAUUUCAAUUCUUGGUUGGUUUUUGGGUUUUGGGGUUUUUGGCCGUGUAUAUUUGUUGGAGUUUCAACCUUAAGGGCUUUCAUGUAGAAAGGUGUGUUCUUAUGUAUAUGAACAUAUUCAUCCAUUUGUACAAGGGUUUUUGCUCUAUCAUAAAAAUUUGUCUUCACCUUUUUCUCA